AUGUCAAGUACAUUGGUUUCAGAGUCGUCAUCUGCUGCUUCAGGGAGAGAGACUAUACCCGCAGGUCAUCAGAAUCACCUUCACAUACAGACAUCCCCUCAGACAAACAACAUGGAGAAACCAAAUUCUCAUGGCUCCAAUCCUUCCUCACCACAGCCCAUGUCUCCAGACCCCGUCCACGAUUUACCACCGGAGUUAUUGCAAGCAGGCUGGAGAAAGUUUUGGAGUCGCCGAGAAGGUCGACCAUACUAUUUCAACAAACUGACCAAUGAAUCUUUGUGGGAGACUCCCAGCCUUGGAAUGACACAUGACCCACUAACAGAUCCCCUAGGCAUCAACACGGCAGACACCCCGCCCCCUACACCAGUACCGGGACCCCUGGACAAGAGGUUAACCCGACCCAGCACCGAGAUCAACCCAGCCGUGGCUGCCAUGAAGCGAAGAGCCAGUUCAGAGUUGUGUGUUGGAAGUCCACUAAAGAAAGCACAACUAAAUUACAAGCCAUUCUGGAACUUUGAUGUGCCAACAAAUGCUGUGAUUAGAGAAAGAGCUCCUCUGCACAUGGCACCUCCUCAUCCAGAUGUGGAAUCUUUUCGCUUUGCCUGUGUCAUGAAGCUGAGGCAGAUCUAUCAAGAGUUGUGUCAGUCCCGAGAAAACAUUGAUGCCCCAGCCGACUCUUUCAACCGAUGGUUGCUAGAGAGAAAAGUCAUUGAUAAGGGCAAGGAUCCUCUGUUGCCGUCUGAUUGUACACCAGAGUUAUCCCAGUCCUUGGUCCAUGAGAUCAUGAAUGACAUCCCCAUCAAGCUAAUCACACCAAAGUACUCCGAGGAUGCAAGGAAACAGCUGUACAAGUAUGCAGACGCAGCCAAAAAACUGAUUGCAUCAAGAAAUACAAAUACCUCCCAGGAGAGUCGGAAGGUGGUGAAGUGGAACGUUGGAGCUACCUUUAAGUGGUUGCAGGAUGCAGGAUACAAGGCAACGUAUCAGGAGUGCCUGGAACGACUGACACACUUGAAGCGACAAUGUGAGCCGUGCUUGUAUGAAGCAGCAGGGGAGUCUGUGAAAGGGAUAGUCAGCAAAAUCUACAAGCUGUCUGCUGAGAAUGUUCAAAAGAUCCAAGAGAAAACAUGGGAAGUGCUCAAAGAACACAACAUAACAGAAGGUACGCCUCUACCCGAGCUGACAAAUCCCCGCCAUACUUACUGCUAUUCUGUGCAGCUGAGCAUCCCAUCUCCAAGGCUUCCAGUCGUAGACCGCAAUAUAGAAAGUGAGGUGGCUCAGCUAAAGUAUAAAAAUGAAACACUCAAGAUGAAUCAGGAGCAUUUUUGGAAAAUGGAACAACUCUAUGGUCUCAGCUGUCGAGAUGAUCCACGGUUUGACAAUUUCUUGGCGAGAGUUUGGUGUUUGCUCAAGAGAUACCAGGGUUAUUUCGGCAGCGGGGCCAACGAGGGGAAAGGAAACCAGGGUGCUUUGACGCCCGCAUUGAUGGAGUGCCUUCACCGGUUGUUUGGUGUCACCUUUGAGUGCUUUGCUUCCCCACUCAACUGCUACUUUAAACAGUACUGUUCUGCAUUUCCAGACACAGAUGGCUAUUUUGGCUCCAGGGGGCCAUUCCUGAGCUUUUACCCAACCAGUGGCUCGUUUGAAGCCAACCCUCCGUUCUCAGACGAGCUGAUGGAGGCAAUGGUGGACCACAUGGAGAGUUUGCUCAGCGAAACAAAUGAACCUUUGUCCUUUAUUGUGUUCAUACCUGACUGGAGAGACCCUCCCCCCGAGGCUUUGAUACGACUUGAGAGCAGCAAAUUCAAGAGGAAGCAAUUCGUCUGUCCUGCCUUUGAACACGAAUACAGGCAUGGCUUUCAGCAUUUACCAAGUGCAAGAAAUGAAAUGAAUUGCAAGGCCAUCUUUGGAACCCUGGUGGUGUUUCUCCAAAAUGAUGCGGGUUAUGCCAGAUGGACACCAACAACAGAGAAAAUCAAAGAACUUAUUCAGGCAACAAAACCAAAAGACCCCGUUGAAAGUCCUUCAACACUGUCCUAA